AUCGUCGCAUCUGCCCUGGCGAUCCAGCAGGUCGCUGGCCAUGCUAUCUUCCAGGAUUUGUGGGUUGAUGGGGUCGAUAAGUCCAAUACCUGCGUGCGGAUGCCGUCAUCCAACACUCCAGUCACGAACGUCAACUCCAACGAUGUGAGGUGCAAUGCUGGCACAAGGGGUGUGUCUGGGAAAUGCUCUGUCCCGGCUGGUGGGACCGUGACCGUCGAGAUGCAUCAGCAACCAGGAGAUCGCUCGUGUAGUCAAGAGGCCAUUGGUGGAGCACAUUACGGACCAGUAUUGGUCUACAUGACUAAGGUUGCGGACGCUUCAACUGCCGACGGCUCUACUGGAUGGUUCAAGGUGUUUGAAGAUGGAUGGGCUGCUGCAAACAAAGGCGCUGGCGACAAUGACUACUGGGGUACGAAGGACAUGAACGACUGCUGCGGCAAAGUCGAUGUGCCGCUCCCGAAGGACCUGGCGUCGGGCGAUUACCUCCUUCGUGCAGAAGUGAUUGCACUUCACACUGCCAGCUCAAGCGGUGGAGCGCAGCUGUACAUGAGCUGCUACCAGCUUACCGUCACCGGCGGCGGCAGCCUCAGCCCUCCAACCGUGAAGUUUCCGGGAGCAUACAGUGCCAGUGAUCCUGGUAUCAAGGUCAACAUCCACGCUGCCAUGUCAAGCUACAAAGUUCCCGGACCUGCCGUUAUCGCUGGGGGUACUACUAAGACUCCUGGCCAGGGU